GCAUCCUUAAAUCCCUCCGCGCACAGCCGGGCCUGGGCAGCGGUAGUAGAGCUGGCGGCUGAGGAGCUCGGGGUGGGGCCCAAGCUGCCGCCGCCUCUGCUGCCGCGGAGGGGAGAGGAGCAUGUCUGCAAAUCGAGCCGAGAAAGUGAAAGUGGCCACCAAGUCUUGCCCCAAGUGCGACCAACAGGUUCCUGUUGCAUGUAAAUCUUGUUCCUGCAGCUACAUAUUUAUUAAUAGGAAACUUGUAAAAGUAAAACACCCAGAGAAAGCAUCCCCUUUUACAGAAGUAAACAAUACCAUAUCUUUGAAAGAUUUGCGAAUACUUUUUUUAUAUGAAUUUAAACUGGGACAUAAUGCAGCUGAGGCAAGUAGAAACAUCAAUUCUGUCUUUGGAAAAGGCUCUGUUAGUGAAAGGACUAUCCGAUGGUGGUUUGAAAAAUUUCGUUCUGGGGAUCUGAGUCUGAAAAAUGAGCCUCGUGGGAGACCCAAAUCUGUUUUAAAUGAAGAUCAGUUACGAGCCAUGGUAGAAGCUAAUCCCAAAAUGGCAAUUCGAGGCCUUGCAGCAGACUUAGGAGUUUCUGCUACGACAAUUUCUCGACACCUGGCUGCAAUAGGGAAGGUGAAAAAAUUGGACAUGUGGGUCGGUACCACACCAGCUGAUGGAAGGUCAUAAACUGAGUUGGUUAGAGAUGUGCUCAACCUUUAAGAUUUGAAAAAAAGCAAAGACUUAUUUUGGAGAGGAUUACAAUCUAUGAUGAAAAAUGGAUAACUGUAUGGCAGUUGAAAGUGAUCAGGAUAAUGGUUGGAUGUUGGUGAAGUCCCCAAACAUGUCAAAACUAUCAUUGGAACCGAACUAUGUUCUGGUGACUGUAUGGUAGUCUGCAAAAAAGAGUAUUUCAUUGCUGCUUUUUAGCAUCUUACUGUCAAGAAGUUGAAAUAAUGUAUCAAAAAUUGAUCUGAAGGUGUUCUGCAUUGGUUAGCAGAUAUGGACCCAUACUUUUCCAUGACAUUAUUUGACCACAGACAAUGCAGACCACCACAGCAAAGUUAACUGAAUUGAGCUAAGAAAUGUUGCCACAUCCAUCAAACUCACUGGACCUCUUUUCAACAUAUUAUCACCUUUUUCCUCAUUUGGAACUCUGCCUAAGAAACCGAACAUUCCCCAAUUGAGAAGGAUUUGACUAAAUUUUAGGAGUUUAAAAUGCUGAAUUUUAUAAAUAUGGUAUAGGUAAUAAUACCUCAUUAGGGAAAGUGGGUUAAUGCUUAACAGUAUUUUGGUUGAAUAAAAAUUUCUUGAAAGUA